GCAUGUGUUUUGUAAACAUUUUACUGAUUUUGCUCUUGUCUUUCGGUGAAAAUUAAUUAACAUCGCCGGAAAAUGAGAAUAGGUGAAAUAAUGAACACAUUAUUAUGUAUCUGCUGAACUCUGGAUUAAAAUUUUUCAGCAUUUAUUAUCUGUAAUUGUAAACCUCAUCUUUUAACAUUCACUUUGCCUCCAAGACUUGAAUUACAUUGUUUAAAAAUGGGUGUUGUUAGAUCAGCAACACUUCGGUGAGCAUGCAGCAGCGCUGCCCACCGGCAACAGACUUGACCCCAUUCAUCAGUUUCCUAUCCCAGAAGACAAGAGCGGACAGCAAGCUGCUGAAAUGCUGCAAAAGAGAUUGGAAACCCUGGGAGCAGUUAAAACUGGUACCUUCUGUGUUGAAUGUGAGACAUAUUAUGCUGCUGCUCAUAUUAAUCCCAACAGAGCUGUAAACAUCAUUCAUAAUAGCGAACAUCCAGUCACGACAUUUGCAUUACUAGAUACAGGAACUUGUUUGAUGGCAGAUUCUCAAUUGGAUAUGCUGAUGGUAAAAAUGGCCGGAAUAUACAUACCCAAAAAAGCAACCAAAAUUGAAUCAAAAGGUCCUCGUUAUGAAAUACGUGAUUUUGUGAUCAAGCUUGGAAGCGUAUCUAUUGGCCCAAGUUUUAGAGGCAUACUAGUUGAGGUGGAGUAUACACCUUCUGUUGUUCCACUCAGCUGUUGGGAUUUGAUAAGGGAAUUGUUGCAAGGAUUCAUGGGAAAUAAUGUGCAUUCCCCUUCACAAUACCUUCAAGGCAAGAUGAACGAAGUAUAUACUCCAAUAGACACUGUACAGCAAUACAUGGAACAUUUUAAUGCAUUUAGAAAAGCCCCAUCUGGUGUGAGAUAAAUACUGAAUUUGGUGGGAUUUUUAAUAAAUUUUUUUUUAUGUUGUA